AUACUAGUAAGUACUAUUGCGGCAACUUGCUCGACAAUUGUUACUUUUUUACUGUCUAUGCUCCAUAUGGCAUAUCUGAGUUCGACAUUAAAAGUAUUCAAUUUACCUUUCUCAUACGAAAAAAAUUUUUAUUUAAAAUGGCAGAAACCUGGAAAUCAGUCCUAUCUGCAACGCUGCUUUUGAUGGCAUUCCAGACAGGGGAAGCAAUCAAGUGCUAUGAUUGCGAUUAUGUGACCGGAGACGUUCCUGCAAAUAUGAAAGAUAUAGUAAAGGACUGUAUCAACAAAAACCCAAAGGAUUGUCCCGCAGACGUCAACAACUGCUACCGUGCCACCGAAAUCGUCAAAAGCCCGGUGAAAUAUGAAGCGAACCAUCAAAGUUGUGGACGAAUCGGGAAAACUGCAGCAGACUUGAAGUGCACACCUUGGCCGGCGGUUCCAGGUGCAGAACUUAGUGGCGCAGAAUGUUAUUGUGCUGGUGACCUCUGCAACAGUGCAACCAAAUUAAUCGAUUCACGGCUUCCCCUGGUAGUUUGGAUCAUCUUCGGCGCAGUUUCUUAUUCAACGUUUUUCUGAUGGACGUCGAAAGCGCAGACUCACAUGACUGAAUAAAAAGGAGACAAAAAACGAUAAAAGGGGAACAAACGGCUAUAAUUCAAGCUGCAAAUUUUUUUUUAUUGUUUACUCUGGUUUUCUUUAAUGUUUUACGUCAGCUCGGUUCUGCCGUCGUCCAAGUUAUAAAAGCAAUUCCUAACAGCAAGGAAACGUUUUUUAAGGAAACAGUUGGUUUUGAUUAGAUCCUGGCAUUUGUUUGGCUCUUUCCCCUGCGAUCCUUCCACCAUAGCUGUAUCAUCAAUAACAGUCGUGUUGGCUCCGAGGGCCGCCGCAAAGAAGACCUCUUCGGUCUCGUAGUGAGAACAUUAAAGUGCAGAUA